AUGGAAGUUAAGUUGGACGAAGAUGUAGAUGAUGGAUCAGAGGUGGAUAUGAGUAGUGCAAUAGAUGAGUUAUGGAAAAGGUUUAAGUCACUGGAUGUUGUUGGGAAAAAGGCAUUAAAAAGUAGGAUUUUUGAACUUGCCUUCCCUACAAUGACUUCUAUGUGUCCACCGCCUGAGAAAAUAAAAACUAAAGGGGGAGUCAAGAAGAAAGACAAAAAACCAGUAGGAUAUGAUGUUUAUAGAGACCCUUCGUAUCACGAGUAUGUUGAUCAAGCAUCUCAAUCUUCACAGAUGCAAUCUCAACCAUCACAAACUUCAAAGAAAUUGAAAUUAUCACAGUCUUCACAAAAAAAAUCUCAACCAGCACAGGCUUCGAACAAGUUGAAAUUAUCACAAUCUUCAAAGUCAUCUAAGCAGUUCAUCCUUCAAUUUCCUAAUCACAUCAGCUCAUAUAUUGAUGAUGUAGUUAAUGUUGUAUCAGAUGGUAAUUGUGGAUUUCGAGUAAUUGCUUCAUUGUAUGGAUAUGGUGCAGAUGGUUAG